CGGCGCUGAGGCGGCGCGGGGGUCAUGCCCGCCGCCAGCCUGCUGCCGCUCUUCGGUAGCGCGCCGGGGCCGGGGACGCUGGGCGGCCCCGCGGGCAGCGGCGCGGGCGGCGGGGGCAGGAAAGCGGCGAGCCCCGGCGCGUUCCGGCUGACGGAGAAGUUCGUGCUGCUGCUGGUGUUCAGCGCCUUCAUCACUCUCUGCUUCGCCAUCUUCUUCCUGCCCGACUCCUCCAAGCUCCUCAGCGGUGUCUUUUUCCACUCGGCCGCCCUGCAGCCGCCGCCGCCGCCGCCCGGCGGACAGCCCCGAGCCCCUCCGCAGCCCGGAGGCGGCCCGGCGGCGGCGGCGGCCGCGGGCGGCGCGGGCAGCCUGGAGCGGAUCCGUGCGGACCACGAGCGGGCUCUGCGGGAGGCCAAGGAGACGCUGCAGAAGCUGCCCGAGGAGAUCCGCAGGGACAUCCGCCAGGACAAGGAGAAACUUCUACAGGACGCCCGCGACAGGAAAGAAGCUGGGGCCCCUGGGCUGCCCCAGCGCCUCUUCCGCCAGCCCGUAGGCGCCGUGGGGCAGGAGCCCGCCGACCCCGACGUCCGGCAGAGGAGGGAGAAAAUCAAAGAGAUGAUGAAGCAUGCCUGGGAUAAUUAUAAGCGUUACGCAUGGGGAUUAAAUGAACUGAAACCCAUAUCUAAGCAAGGACAUUCAAGCAAUUUAUUUGGUAACAUACAAGGAGCAACAAUAGUGGAUGCCCUUGAUACACUAUACAUCAUGGAAAUGAAAGAGGAAUUCAAGGAAGCCAAGGAGUGGGUUGAAAAAAACUUGGAUUUCAAUGUGAAUGCUGAAAUUUCUGUAUUUGAAGUGAACAUUCGUUUCGUUGGUGGACUACUUUCAGCUUACUAUCUUUCAGGAGAAGAGGUUUUCCGAAAAAAGGCAGUGGAGCUUGGAGAGAAAUUGCUACCUGCUUUCAACACUCCCACUGGGAUACCUUGGGCAUUGCUUAACAUCAAGAGUGGAAUCGGUCGAAAUUGGCCAUGGGCCUCUGGCGGAAGCAGCAUUUUGGCAGAAUUUGGGACUUUGCAUCUGGAGUUUGUGCAUUUGAGCCACCUGUCUGGAAACCCUGUCUUUGCUGAAAAGGUAAUGAAUAUUCGAAAAGUUCUAAAUCGACUGGAUAAACCAGAGGGACUUUACCCCAACUAUCUGAAUCCCAGCAGUGGCCAGUGGGGCCAGCAUCAUGUCUCCAUUGGAGGGCUUGGGGAUAGCUUUUAUGAAUAUCUGCUAAAGGCAUGGCUGAUGUCAGACAAAACAGAUGAAGACGGCAAGAAAAUGUAUUAUGAUGCUGUUCAGGCCAUAGAGGCCCAUCUCAUCCGAAAAUCAGGCGGAGGGCUGACGUACAUCGCUGAGUGGAAGGGUGGACUGCUUGAACACAAGAUGGGACAUCUCACUUGUUUUGCUGGAGGCAUGUUUGCUCUCGGAGCAGAUGGAGCACCCAAUGACAAGACAGGCCAUCACAUCGAGCUGGGUGCUGAAAUUGCGAGGACUUGCCACGAAUCCUAUGAUCGUACACGCAUGAAACUGGGACCAGAAGCCUUCAGAUUUGAUGGUGGUGUUGAGGCCAUUGCUACAAGACAAAAUGAAAAAUACUAUAUCCUACGACCAGAAGUCAUAGAAACCUACAUGUACAUGUGGCGGCUCACUCACGAUCCAAAGUACAGGCAGUGGGGAUGGGAAGCUGUUGAGGCACUGGAAAAACACUGCAGAGUAGACGGUGGCUAUUCUGGCAUUAGAGAUGUUUAUAACAAUCAUGAAAGCCAUGAUGAUGUGCAGCAAAGUUUCUUCCUUUCAGAGACACUCAAGUACCUGUAUUUGCUGUUUUCUGAAGAUGAUCUUCUUCCAUUUGAACAUUGGGUUUUCAACACAGAGGCUCAUCCUCUCCCUAUUCUUCACAAAGAUGAUGGGAAUAAAGAAGAAAACCAGAAAUAGAUGAAGAUUAAGUUAUACUUUGUUUCAUUCCUUAUAUUUCUUUCCAGGACUUGGGCACAUAAUUUGGUUUUAAAUUCCUGAGUUAAAUUUUUAAAUCAAGUGUUUUGCAGUCUGUUUUCUUUAACAGUAAAUAUUUAUUAAUGGACCCAAACUAAUUAUGAUAAAACCUCAGUCCUCAAAUCCAGAUGAAUAACUUUUUAGAAGAGAAAUAGGACAUCUCCACAGAUUCUAUUAGGCUGCAGUGUCAUCUUGGCCAAAAAGAGCAGAGAGUCUGCAUGUUACUCGUUUCCUGUUACACUUUUAAUUUGACUGCAAAAUUCUUUUCUCCUCUGUGAGGAGAUGUAUGCUUUAAGCUGUAAUAUUUUGCCAUGUUGCAAAAAGCCAUAUCGAAUUAAGUAUAAAGAGCUUUUUCCUUUUUUUUUUUUUAAUUUUUUUUUUGUUCUAUGUUAAUUUGUUUUGUGUUUCAUCCAGGACAAAUAUUGUGACUGUGACAGCCUCUUCUUAUGCGGGUCUAUUAUUACUUGGUAAAGUGUCUGUAUUUCACUGUCAAUGAAGUCUACAUAGGGGUAUUUUCAUCUCAUGCAGACACAACUCUGAAAUUGCAGUAUAUGUUGAAGUUAGACUGAACUAGUUUUUAUGAAUUUAGCACAUUAGUCAGCAGACCUUAGUUUUUCAGGUUUUGAUUAGAAUAUUGUAAUAGAAUAAAUUGGUUUCUCCCUUUUCUAAGUGGUGUUAUUCUUACGUGUUUAGUCAAGCUACUAUGGAGUAAAAUAAGGUAGUCAUUUCUUACUAAGAAGGGGAAUAUUAACCUUCUUUAUAUAUUUAGUCCAGUAGUUUUCAUUUGAUUGGUUGGCAAAAAAGUACUCAAUGACAUUUUCCUGGAAGCUGAAUUAUAUCAGAGACAAUUUGUUUGUUUCUCUAGGACUUUAGCAAACAUUUAGAUAGGUUCAGACUUGGCACCAGACUUGAUAGUAAUUUGUCACAAAGCAAUUUAAUAUAUAUAUAUGAACGAAGCUAGAUAUUUAGAUGCCUUGAAGAAAACUUGUCUCCUCGAAAGAAGAUAAGUCAUUCAGAGAGGAAAUUACGCUGCAUGGAACGAAAACUCUCUGACAGCACUGUCUUAACAGAAAUGCAAUGUGCUUAAAAAAUAUUCCCUCCCUAGAGCAGAGGCCUGGCUUACUAAGAAAGGUAACAACUUUGCCAAAAAAUGUUUUGCAUUGUGGUAUCACCAAAGGGAAAAAGAAAUGACACACUAUUAAUUCCUGGUUUUAUUUAAGUCUGGUUUGAAGUGGUUUACAUGAUUUUUAAGUCUACCUAUGUCUUCAUUUAAUGACAGGAUGACUCUCAUAAAUUUUAGGUAGGAAACACGUGGCUUCUCAUUCUGAGAAAGCACAUAAUUCCCUGAUUUGACUGCAGCAAAACAUAUAUGGUUCUGAACAGUAAUAUUUAAUGGUAUUUAUUAAGAUAGAUAUGAUUAGCAAUGCUGGACAUGCGAGCUGAGGGAGCACAAUUGUUUAGGCAGUAACAUUUGCAUUUUACAGUUACAUUAUUCCUAUGCUAAUAGACGUCUGCAAGGGACAUUUUCUUAGGUAGAAGCCAGGAGGAAAAAUUACUAAUUACAUUUUUAUAUAUAGCAGCUGGAAGCUGACCCAUAGACUUCACAUUCUGGAGUCUUUACAGGCAGCACUGCCUCUCUCCUUUCCCUGCAGACGGAGAAGAUGGCAUGUGCCACAUGAGCUGCCAAAGACAUUUAUGCGGGGGGCAAGGCAAGGUAAUGCUGAUCCUUCCAUCACCCUUCUGAGCCUGGGCCAUGCAGCACUGGGAGAAGGGAUACAAAUGGAUGUGCAUCUGCAGGUAAAGCUUGCUUCAUGGAGCCAGCACAUAGACUCAAAACUUUUUGUUUUACUGCCUUUUUUUCAAUUAUUAUUUUCUAUUUUAAAGUAUGGAUUCCCUCAUGUCACAGUAGUUUUCUGAAACCAAGCAAGCAAGGAUGAAGCCUUCGCUCUCUCCUCUGGUGAAAAGCAGAAAUUCUGCUGAUUUUGAUGCUCCAGAAUUUGUACUGUUGGAGGACUAUACUUUCAUUGUAUUUCUUUGGAAAUGGUAUUUAUAAGAGAGAUUUUUUUCUUCCACCCCCUAAAGUACCACAGAGAAACUAUAGCUGUGGAAUAAAAACAAGACCAAAAAUUCUCUUCCGUCUUUAACCAAAAAAAUAAUAAUAAUUACUUUUUUCUUAGGUAUCUUUAUUAGGUCACCUGCUGCUGCUGCCUACCACAUGCAUGUGCUGCUAUAGGCCUCCUCUCAAUUAAAUAAAUGCGACAACUCAGACAAAAACAGUCUUUGAAAAGUGCGUUUUGUAAGCCUCUUCUCUAUGGUUUUCUUAACCACAGUUUGUUUCCCCCAGAUGUUUCUAGUGAUCUUGCUGAUACUUAACAAGCUGAAAGGAAACAGUGGAGAACCAGAUAGGUCUUCUUCAUCUUUCAAAAAGCAGGCUUCAAACCCCCAACUGUGUAUGCAUUGGGUCUUAUGUACUUAAAUAGAAGUAUCACGACUGUUUCCUUGUCAUACAGACAUUUCAUAUGGGUUUUUUUUUCGGUGUGGGAGUUAUGAUGAUUUGAAAGAGCACAAAUUUGAUGUGACUGGUAUUGGUAUUCAGGUUGUAUGUACAAACUGCACUAUACUGUACUUUUUGUAAACUAAUGUAAGUAGACGAGAAGAUUGUACAACGUGUAGAUCUGCCAACUGUAAGAAAAAAAAUUUUCAUAAACUGAGAAUAUAUUGAUUUAUCUUUUUUUUUAAAUAACCCCAAAACACCAAAGUUAGAGCAAUCAUUUUGAAACAGUCCACACUUACCAUUGCUUGUUAGAUUGCUGAAAUAAUAUGCAUUUUAUUUCCCAUUCACUUAACUAGCUGCAUGGAAGUAGCUAGUAAUGAUCACUUUGUGUUCCCAGUUAUUGAUAAGAGCAAAAGAAAUUGCUUGUUAUUGGGGGGAGGGAGGAGACACACAGAUAGGGACAAGGACAUGGACACAUUAUCUUUGCAUAAACACACUGCCCAUACUUCUUCCAUUUCGUUGUAGCAUGAUAAGGCAUUUAAAUCUGUAUAUGUUAAGUCAUAAGAGGUAGAUCAUUUUAAAUGGCACCCAUAUUUUUUCAUGGGGGGAAAAAUAAUUUUUGAUUGUUUGUGAGAUAAGUAUUGCAUAUGUGUUGGUUGUACACAGAUUUUUGCAAUGCUCAAUGGCUCACUGUUUCUAUGGUGACUUCAUACAUAUCCAUUUCUAUCAUGUAUUUAAAUUGGUUUUGAUUUGUACAUAUUCCAUUUAGUCUUUUCAUCUUUAUAUAAACAAAUUAUGGAAUACAUAAUAGAUCAAGAUGCUUAAUUUUUAAGAACUUAUAUUUGUAAAAAUUUCUCUAUUGUGAAUAAAGUCUUUUAAUAUA